GGCUGGCCGGCUCGACAGGGCCGCGGCGGCCGCACUCCCCCUCUCCCAGGGCUAGGAUGCGCCCGCUCGUCCCCCGGCACCGGCAGGCAGUUCCCGGCCCGGCCCGCGGUUGAGAUCCCCCGAACGGCGGCGAGUAAGUACCUUCCCUCGGGGCGGCCGUGAGAGGGUAGGGUCGAACGGGACAGGCCGCUGGGGACGCGGUUUAGCCCUGAUUUGAUAUAGGUCAGUGACCGCCAUCUCACUCGGCCACCGCUGAGGCCUGCUCGGAAAGACGACGAGCGAAAAUGCUUGCCAGAAGUAUGGCCUCACAGCUGCAGGUGUUUUCACCUCCAUCAGUAUCUUCGAGUGCCUUUUGCAGUGCCAAGAAACUGAAAGUGGAGCCCUCUAACUGGGAUGUUUCAGGACAAAGUAACAGUGACGAGUAUUACAGUCACGGCAAAAAUCUCUCUGGUGCUCAAGGGCCAGCAAGCUCUUCUCACCAGGUAGCAAACUUCAGUAUCCCUGCUUAUGAUCAGAACCUCCUUCUCCCUGCUCCUUCAGUUGAGCACAUUGUGGUUACAGCAGCAGACAGUACAGGCAGUGGCGGAACAACCUCCUUUCAAAACAGCCAAGCCCUAACACACAGGGCUAACAUUGCUUUACUGGAACCAUAUCAAAAAUGUGGCUUAAAAAGGAAAAGUGAAGAAGUUGACAGCAACGGUAGCGUGCAAAUAAUUGAGGAACAUCCACCUCUCAUGCUGCAAAACAGACCUGCGGUGGGUGCUGCGGCCACUACCACCACUGUAACAACCAAAGGCAGUAGUUCCAGUGGCGAAGGUGAUUACCAGCUAGUCCAGCAUGAAAUCCUUUGUUCUAUGACAAAUAGCUAUGAAGUCUUGGAGUUCUUGGGCCGAGGAACUUUUGGACAGGUGGCAAAGUGCUGGAAGCGCAGCACAAAGGAAAUUGUUGCUAUCAAAAUUUUGAAAAAUCACCCUUCUUAUGCCAGGCAAGGUCAAAUUGAAGUGAGCAUCCUCUCUCGACUGAGUAGUGAAAAUGCUGAUGAAUAUAACUUUGUCCGUUCAUAUGAGUGUUUUCAACACAAAAACCACACAUGCCUGGUGUUUGAGAUGCUGGAACAAAAUUUGUAUGACUUCUUAAAGCAAAAUAAGUUUAGCCCUCUGCCUCUGAAAUACAUUCGACCAAUAUUGCAACAAGUGGCCACUGCUUUGAUGAAACUGAAAAGCUUAGGUCUAAUACAUGCUGACCUAAAGCCUGAAAACAUCAUGUUGGUGGAUCCUGUGCGCCAGCCAUAUAGGGUCAAGGUCAUAGACUUUGGCUCUGCUAGUCAUGUUUCAAAAGCUGUGUGCUCUACUUAUUUACAGUCACGAUAUUAUAGAGCUCCUGAAAUCAUCUUGGGUUUGCCAUUUUGUGAAGCAAUUGAUAUGUGGUCACUGGGAUGUGUGAUAGCCGAAUUGUUUCUUGGCUGGCCUUUGUAUCCAGGAGCUUCAGAAUACGAUCAAAUUCGUUACAUUUCACAAACACAAGGACUACCAGCAGAGUAUCUUUUGAGUGCGGGAACGAAAACAAGCAGGUUUUUUAACAGAGAUCCAAACUUGGGAUAUCCUUUGUGGAGACUAAAGACUCCAGAAGAACAUGAGUUGGAGACAGGAAUAAAAUCAAAGGAAGCUCGGAAAUAUAUUUUUAACUGUUUGGACGACAUGGCACAAGUAAAUAUGUCUACAGAUUUGGAGGGAACAGAUAUGUUGGCAGAGAAGGCUGACCGAAGAGAAUAUAUAGAUUUGUUGAAGAAAAUGUUGACAAUUGAUGCAGAUAAGAGAAUUACUCCGCUGAAGACCUUGAACCAUCCAUUUGUGACAAUGAAUCAUCUCCUGGAUUUUCCACAUAGCAACCAUGUGAAAUCCUGUUUUCAGAAUAUGGAAAUUUGUAAACGAAGAGUUAAUAUGUAUGAUACUGUUAAUCAAAUAAAAAGCCCAUUUACGACACAUGUCGCACCAAAUACAAGCACAAACCUCACUAUGAGUUUCAACAACCAGCUGAGUACUGUGCAUCAUCAGGCUAGUGUUUUGGCUUCCAAUUCUACAGCUGCAGCUACUCUUUCUCUAGCAAAUUCAGAUGUUUCACUAUUGAAUUAUCAGUCUGCUCUCUAUCCAUCCUCUGCAGCACCAGUUGCUGGUGUGGCACAACAGAGUGUUUCGUUACAGCCUGGAACAACCCAAAUUUGCACUCAAACAGACCCAUUUCAACAAACAUUCAUUGUAUGUCCUCCUGCCUUUCCAACUGGUCUUCAGGCAACCACAAAGCAUUCUGGGUUCCCUGUAAGGAUGGACAAUGCUGUUCCAAUUGUGCCACAAGCGCCAGCAGCUCAGCCCCUGCAGAUCCAGUCCGGAGUUCUUACACAGGGAAGCUGUACACCACUAAUGGUAGCAACUCUUCAUCCUCAAGUAGCCACCAUCACGCCGCAGUAUGCGGUACCCUUUACUCUGAACUGCGCAGCCGGCCGGCCAGCGCUAGUAGAACAGACGGCUGCAGUACUGCAGGCCUGGCCUGGAGGGACCCAACAGAUACUUUUGCCUUCUACCUGGCAACAACUUCCAGGGGUUGCAUUGCACAAUUCUGUUCAGCCUACAGCUGUGAUUCCUGAAUCAAUUGGAAGUAACCAGCAGUUGGCUGAUUGGAGAAGUGCUCAUUCACAUGGAAAUCAGUAUAGCACUAUUAUGCAGCAGCCAUCUUUGUUAACCAAUCAUGUGACUCUGGCUACAACACAACCUUUGAAUGUUGGAGUGGCUCAUGUUGUAAGACAGCAGCAAAGUAAUGUGGUACCAGCAAAGAAGAACAAACACCCAUCUCACAGUGCCACUAAGCCUGCAUCUACUUUGGAGGCUAUUCCUUCUCAAGUCUACUCUCUAAUUGGAAGCAGUCCUCUGCGUGCCACAUCUUCUUCCUCCAAUGCUCUCCAUCCGGGGCAAGAGCAGCAUCAGCCCAUUGUUAUUCCAGAUACCCCCAGUCCUCCUGUUAGUGUAAUCACCAUCCGAAGUGACACUGAUGAAGAAGAAGACAACAAAUACAAACCUACAAGCUUGGGAAUGAAACAGAGAUCCAAUGUCAUCAGCUACGUUACUGUUAAUGAUUCCCCUGAUUCAGACUCUUCCCUGAAUAGCCCUUAUGCAUCAGAUGCACUUUCCACACUCAGGAGCUCUGGUGGUGCGCUGGAGCCAAGUAGAGGGGCAGCUGAAAGCUCCACCUCCCGUACCAUUAUUGUGCCUCUGAAAACACAGCUUAGUGACUGUACUGUAGCCACCCAGGCCUCAGGAGUCUUUAGCCUGAGCAAGAUCAAGCCAAUGGCAUCUGUAAGUGGGCAAACAUCAGGAUGUUGUAUCACACCAAGUGGAUAUCGGCAACAUCGGGUAGUGACAAAUGGUGUACAACCACUCAACCUUAGCCAGAACCAGCAAGCAACUGUACUGGCCUCUCAAGAGAGAAGUGGAAAUCCAGCUCCCCGCAGACAGCAGGCCUACGUUGCUCCCCUGCCAACAACAAUUGCUCAGGCUCCGUAUACAUUCCAGCAUAGCAGCCCAGUCCACCCUCACUUGGCAGCGGCCACAGCAAGCCAGCCUCACAUGUACACCUAUGCGCCUACUACUGCUGCCACCUUGGGCUCCACCAAUUCAAUUGCUCAUCUCUUUUCCCCUCAGGGCUCCUCCAGGCAUACCACAUACACAACCCAUCCAAGCACUCUUGUGCACCAGGUCCCAGUCAGUGUGGGGCCCAGCUUGUUAACCUCUGCCAACGUAGCACCUGCUCAGUAUCCACAUCAAUUUGCUGCCCAGUCCUACAUUGGCGCUUCCAGAGGAUCUGCAAUUUACACUGGAUACCCACUAAGCCCUACCAAGAUUAAUCAGUAUUCUUACUUGUAAUAUGGGGGCAGAAACUGUCUUGAAGUCAUGAACGAUCAUAGAGGUGAAGGGAUCUGCGGUAGGCUUUGCAGUAUUCUAACAAUUCCACAACAGGAAUCUCUGUGGAAUCCAAGGAAAAUAAUGGGGAAUCACCCCUUGUUGACAAUUCUGCUUAUGCUCUCCAGAAUCAGGUGGUACUGUUGGUGGAGCCCUGCUGUUCAGGGGAAACAUAGGUGAUGACUGGGUAGAAUCUUUUGAAUCAAAUUCUCAUUAAGAUUUUACAUUUAAUUUUUAUUCAUGCUUUAAAAACAAACAACUAGGGCCUGAACCCCAUUUAUUUAAAGCUAUUACGUUAAUCAGAAGGGAAAAUGACUUUUUUUUAAAAAAGCUGUUCUUUAAAAAAUGUAUUAGAGUUAAAUAGUACUUGUUUAAAUUAUUUUAGCAGCUUGCACAAACUCAUAUUGCCACUAAAAUGCACAUUUAACUCUAGGUUGCUAGGGCUGUUUUAUAAACUUGAGUUAAUAUUUUAAUUUUAAUUUUGUAAUUCAUCUUCUUGGAAGGCAAGAGCUGAAUUCGACAAAAGCAGUUAUUUCCUCUCUCUUUAGCUUCUCUUAUCUAUGUACAUAGACAUAUGUAUAUCGCUUUUUAAUUCCCUAAUUUUAAUUAUUUCUGUUUAAGGAUAGUGUAGCAUUUUUGUAUACAGCUUUCUUUUAAAUCACAGAUUAUUUUUAAUGUGUGAUUUUUCAAAAUGAAGAGAGAGGGUUUUUUUCCAGAAACAAUUGGAGAAAGAUGAAUUUGCUUUCUGUUGUGAGAUCACAGUCUGCAAUGUUACCAUGACUGCAUUGUCCAUAAGCUCUUGCACUUAGCUGAACGUAUUUAGGAUUGCAUUGCUGUUUCAGGGCAGAAGCCUCUGGGAAGUACUUCCUGUCAGGUUCACUAAACCGAAUAGAUGUGCAGUUUCUGGAGAGUUUUAUCUGAGAUUUAGGCCAUUCAAAUUACAUUCUUUCAGUUUAAAAAUAACAUUUAGAGCUGGAUUCUUUUCGCAGAAAUGGAAGGGUUUCUUCCCCAUCUUGUCUUUCUUUGCCUGGUUCAUUUAGCUGAAGAAUCCAAAAUUCACCUUAGCAUCCACUUACUGAAAUGUAAACUUUUUAUACUUCUGCUAGCACCUCCUUCUAGGAAUUUGUUGGCAAGAAACAUUAAAGCGCUCUUAUUAAGACUUGUAUACAAUACAUGCAUGUAGGAAUUGCAAAAACAUGACACAAAAUUGCAGAUUUUAAAUGUUUAUUACUGAAUUUAAAACUAUUUUAGAAGUUUUGUAAUGGUGAUGUUUUAAUAUUUUACAGAAAAUGAAAUAUGUACAUAUUGAUUAGAAUUAAAUACAACAAGCAAAAUUUCCUGCUAAUCCCAAAUGUUCUGUCUUUGUAAUCAAAAUGUGUAGUGAUUAUACUUGAACUCUGUACUUAAGUGUUUGUCUAACUCUUAAAUGUUUCUGGGGAUGAAAUUGAUAUAUUCCUUUGUAUUUAAACCAAAAUGAGUUGUUAAUACAUGUUGGAAUGUAUGUGAAAUAAUGCAAUCGCCUAGAGCUCAUCACUGUAGCACUGAGAGAGAAAGAGAGAAAAGGAAAAAAAAGCUGCAUGAGAGACAAGGAUAUCUUCUGAUUUGUUUUGCACAGGUAUGUGUGACUGGUGUGUAACCCCCCCUCCCCCAAUAUUGUAGUGCCUUAAAUGAUUAUGUAGUGUGACUAGAGUUUACAGUGAGCUUGCCUUACGAUGGACCAGCAAGCCCUCCGCUCUCCGUCAAAUUGAAGCAAUUCAUUGAAUAUGUCCCACUAAGGCUAGAUAUAGGUAACGAAACCAUUUGCUUUAAGUUUCAAUGCCAACAUAAAUGGAACAAUGGGCAUCAUUCAGCCAAAGCGGAGUACUUCUGUAGUCUUGCUUACUUCAGCUGGAAAGAAUGUAUCCAAAUUUGGUUCUCCUGAGAUGGCCAAAUGAGUUCAGACAUCAAGCCAAGCCAUGCAUUUGUUAACCACAAUAUAAAAUGCAGACUAUGCUUUGAGUUUCAGUCAUAUGGCAGCCAAACCAUGAUGUAGGAUAGUCUUCUCUAGAAAGUAUUCCUUUCCUAACCUGAUAGCUUGUAAACAAGACUGUUCCUUCAAGAUAUGCCAAACAGCCUGUCAUGCUGAUUGGGGGUUAAUGGGAAUUGGCAUAUCUAGAGUAGACAGUGUGGGGAAAACAUUGUAUGGCAUGGUUUGAUUAUGGCAUGUAUACCUGAAGACAAAGUAAUUUGGUUUGCCAGUUCAAACAAUAAGUUUGUAAUCAAGUUCAAAUUACAGCUGCUAAUCAAGGCUUAGUCUGGUAUAUGAAAUGCUUCUAAACUGAAGCAUUCAGACCUAAGCAUUUUAGUUUGAUUGACCCUCCCCCCCUCAAAAUUGUAACUAUUCUAGCUGUUGAUGCAUCUUUAAGAGUAUUAUGCUGGGAAUGCAUUGGGAAGCAUAUUUGGUAUUUCAGAGGUGUUUAAGCAUGUGCAAUGUCUUUCCCUUAGGGUAUACUGUAAUGUUACCCAUGUGUGUAGCAGAAAUUGCUUAUAAAAUAUUUCUAGUUUGGUGUUACAAUUAGAACUUUUAUACCAAAGAGAGCUUACUGGAAAGCACAUAAUCUAAGUUUUAUUUAACACCGCUAGUAAUUUGGCGCUUUUGGAAAGCUUAGAAAACUCUAGCACUUGCUGUAAGGAAAUAACACAUGAACUGGCUUGCUAGUGGUGAGCGUCUAAAUCUCUUGGUUUCCCGAAUUCGGUCACAAUUGUUUAUUUCACCACUGCCAUUAUGCAACGACUGUUCUUGGCCAAAUGGAGAAUUAACUAUCUUGGAGAGUGGUAUUGCUACAGCAAUAAAAGGCAUUAACAGCCUUGGAGCCCAGUUUGUAUUCCAUCCAAUCUACAUUAAAUGACUAGAUUUUGUACUUUACAAAAAUAAUAAUAAUAAUCUAAGAAUAUUAAACCAAUUUCUGGAGCAUGCAUGUUCACAUGUUAUAAUAGUCCAAAUGUGAACAGUUUUUGAAAUGGUAACUGGCAAUAACUCUGACCCAUUAGUCAGGAAUUGGGGAAGGGGGAGUCAUGAUUUCAGUGAGGCCAAGAUUUCAGAGGUCUUAAAGCCACUUACCCCAAUAGCUCUAAAUAGUCUGUGGACCACAAGCCUUACAGUUUCCUUUUUAGUGAGGAAUCUGUUGUCUUUGGCAAUAGAGGAGAGUGGUUAACAGUGUGACUAGCUGUGAACAUUUGUUUACUGUACUCUUGUUUUGUUGUAUUUUUUCUUCUUCUGUAUUGAUGUGAAGAUAACCAAGGAAUUUCAGUUCUUUACAUCACUGGUGUCAACAACAAUUUCUGUUGCUGUAACAUUCUCAGAAUAGUUUUCUGCUUAGUGCCAUGACCUGUAGCUCAAUUCGCCUUAUAGAAAAUCUGAAAGUGGAUUAUUUUACCAAUUAAGCAUAUUAAUAUUAAAAUAUUACUAGAAUAUUUCCAAUGCGGCAAGGAUUUUCAGUAAACCUGCUUGGAAAAUGUAAAGUACAGGUCUUAAAAAAAUAACCUAUCCUUGAAUGGGUUAAUCAUUUUUACCUCAAAGUCAGUUCACAUCUUCUGAGUGAACAAAAGAACUGGGUUUUCAAGAAAACUUUAAAGUAAUUUUAUAUAAUCCAAAUUAAGCAAUUAUGAAUCAUUAACAAAAGACAUUUCCCCAAGUUUUUGAUUCUGACUUCCUCAGUAAUUUGCUCCAGAGACCAGACACUUCAUAUCUGGAAGCAAAUAAAAUAUAUUAAGAGUUUUCUCUAAAAGGCCUUCUUCUCACAAAGCAUGUGAGAUAGCAAGUUACACACAUAGCAUACUACUGCCUCUAAGCUCUUUUAAAAUCUCUCAAUGUGCACCUGGGAUGUUUGUCCAGAUGGACACCAUCCCAGGAAAGGAGACAUAACUCCAGAUGCUUUGGUUUGGGAACUCCCCCACCCCCUUUGGUACCUGUAUUGGCUUCAUGAUUCUUCCUGGCUGAAGAUGGGGCGGGGAGAUUUUUGAAAGUAACCCCUCAUGAUUUGUGAGAACUAGGCUGCAGGGGCAUCUUUUUCUCCCAGUGCAUUUCCAGGUUGCCUCAUAAUGAAAAAGAGAGAGCAAUAGCCUCACAGUUGUGCAGCCUACAAGUAACAGAACCUAUUUUAUGCACACAAAUCAAUGUUUCAAAAAUUUAGUUUCCUUUUUUCUGAGGGAAUUUGGAAUAUCUUCAUAUUAUUAUGCCUGCAUUUUCUGCAAGUUCUGACAUUGGUAGGACUUGCCUGUGGGUAGCUAUGCUUUUCUCUGCAACCUGAGCUCAUUUGUAAGUAAAUUUAUUUUUAGUAAUAGCAAGACAAAUUAUGCUUUACUUAGUCACUUCUGUGAUUAAACCUAUUAUUUAACAUUCUUGAUAGCUGAACUUUCACCUCAUUGUUCUUGAUACUCCACUGCAAAGGCAGCUUCUGAGCUUUACUGCUUGCACAUAGUUAAACAGUGCAGUACCAUACCUCUGAUUUCAAUAUUUUUUUAAACAUAAAAUUCAAUUGCUUCUAGGUGACUGGGAUUGGCACAGCCCUGCUUUCUUGUUUUAAUUUUUAACUUAUGAAUGGUGCCGCAUGUUGACAUAGUUGUUUGUUGCUAAACUUUAUAUAAUGUGUGAUUUCAGAUUCAGCUUGAACUAUUAUCUAAUUCACUACAUGUAGCAGUGCAUUAUAUGUAAUGUUAGUAUUUCUGCUUGACUCCUUGAUAUUGCAAUGGAAUUCCUACUUUAUUAAAUGUAUUUGAUAUGCUAGUUUACUGUGUAGAAUUUAACUUUUUUCUGGUUGUGCUCUUCCUUUUUACAAGCCGCUAGAUAAAGGUAGUUUCUGACAAUUAUUGAUCUAUGUUUGUAUUGCCAAUGUACUUAGGGGAUAAUGUAAAAAUCAUUUUAACAAGAGGAAAUACAGAUAUUUAAAAACUUUAAUACUAACUAUAUGGGAAAAGGGUCCAUUGUGAAAACACGGUUUAUCUUUGGAUUCAAUGUUUGUCUUUGGUUUUACAAAGUAGCUUGUAUUUUAAGUAUUUUCUACAUAAUAUGGUAAAAAUGUAGAACAAUUGCAAUGCAUCAAUAAAAAAGUUACUUUUCUGUAUUCUA